CCGCAGUGACCUCUGUCCCUUUAAAUCGUUUAAGUCAUUUGCCGACGAAUAUUGUAUCGCAUUGAUGCGAAUUCUGCUGUCUCGGAUCACCGCAGCACUCGUUUUCUAAAAAUUAAAAAGAAGAAUGGCAUUAUUAACAGCUCUCUUCGCGUUUCUGUAUCAUUUGCCGCAGGUUUACAAAUGGCUACUAAAGCCAUACUACAUCGCCUCGUUAUUUAUGUCUAUCGCGUUCCUGCUUGUCCGCAAAACGCCUGGGAUCUGCGAACAUCUUUCGACGCAGCGCGAGGAUGGAAAUUCAUGCGAUUUUGACUGGAGAGAGGUGGAGAUACUGAUGUUUUUAAGUGCUAUAGUCAUGAUGAAGAACAGAAGAGCAAUUACUAUCGAGCAGCACUUGGGCAACAUCAUCCUCUUUUGUAAAGUGGCCAAUGUGAUUCUGUUCUUCAGACUGGACAUACGUUUGGGGCUUCUCUACUUGACAUUGUGUAUUGUUUCCCUGAUGACCUGCAAACCUCCGAUCUACAUGGGCCCUGAAUACAUCAAGUACUUCAGUGAUAAAACCAUUGAUGAUGAGUUGGAGAAGGAUAACAGAGUGACCUGGAUCGUGGAGUUUUUUGCUAACUGGUCACCAGAGUGUCAGUCUUUCGCCUCUGUCUAUGCUGAUCUGUCCUUGAAGUACAACUGUGCUGGGCUGAAGUUUGGCAAAGUGGACAUUGGUCGUUACAGUGAAGUAGCCAAAAAAUACAGGGUCAGCACCUCUCCUCUCUCAAAGCAGCUGCCCUCUCUAGUGCUCUUCCAGGGAGGAAAGGAAAUUAUGAGGCGCCCUCAGGUGGACAAAAAGGGACGGGCAGUAUCUUGGACCUUCACAGAGGAAAACAUCAUCCGAGAGUUUAACCUCAACGAGCUGUAUCAGAAGUCAAAGAAGCUUGGUAAGACCAAAGGAGAGAAGUUCGAGAGGCCCAGCGAAUCUGUGUUUGCCCCUGUGCCUGAAGAGGAAGAGCCGGAGGCCGAGACCAUCACCGCGAUGGACACAGAGAGCAAGAAGGACAAAUAGAAAGUGCAUGCUGCUGAAGAGCACUGUGAAUCACUAUGGGACUGGAGCAGAAUGUGCUAAUGUUCAGUAUGCAGAGAGAAAGAGUUUGUAUGAAGUUAUAAACGGAAUGAUUGUGUCGUUUCUUUUUUGUAUAACGUAUUAAUUAAGUGCAAAAUCAGUCGAAUAAUGUAGUAAAUCCUUAUUAAUAUGUAUUUAAAUGUCAUAAUCAUCGAUAUACUGGACACAGACAUCCAAACAACUGUUAUUUGGGACAUUGUCAUAUUCAAUUUCUGUCAGCUGUUUUAAUUUAAUCAAGUUAAACAUUGGACAUCUACCUCUAAUAUGGGUGAUAAUUGUGAAGUGAUCAUUAGUAGGGGGUUAUUUUUUUGCAUAUGCAUCACAUUGGGGAACAAACUUUAUAUCAGUUGUUUUUCUAUUGUAUUGUUAAUCCUCCCAUUCUAUUGUCACUCCUAAUAUUUUAUUUUCUAGAGUUUUUUUACUACUUUUCUGAGAUGCAGCUUGGUUGUGUGAUGGUACAGACUACUAGACUGAAUUCAGUGGUCCAAAAAGAGAGGGUCUUUUAUGCCAACAGUUCAUAUUUUGAACAUUUACUAAAUCUGUAAGAGCAAGAUCUCAAGAUAAUAUUCUGUAAAAUUCAGUUGUUACGCAGUUACACAUUUCAUUUCACAGAAAAUAUACUGCUGUAAAAGUCUUAAAUGUUUUGUAUAUUGAGCUUAUUAUUUUAAUUUUAUUUGUGCUGAAUGAUUAGUGUUUAACAUUUUUAUUUUAAACUGACAGGCACAGAAGAAAGCUGCAGGCAGUCUUCACGUUUUGACCUUUUCCAGUCAUUACUUUCACUGUUGGAAGCUUUUAUUGUCAGUUUGGUUUUGUGGAAUCUUGUCGUCAAUUUCUCCACAAAAAAAGCAAUAUUGUUUGUUCCCUAUCGAGUAAACCAGUCUUGAUUUUUCACUAAUAUUUAAUGAAUUGAUGUCUGAAAGAUGACUAAGUGCUUUGAGUGGUUGUGAAUGGAAGGUUUUUUUUUUCCAUUCCAAUAAAACACUUUGUUCUUCACAUCCUGGUUUUGUUCA